AUGCUCAACCAUACGGUAGUUAUGCGUGAGUGUGAAUGUCUUCAUGAGCCAAUUGAAGGCUACGCGGGAAUCGCCAACUUGUUGCUCAUUGUUGUCUCGCUCCCGUUAAUUUCAUUCGUCGGAGUCGUCCUCAACUUCUUCAACAUCUUCAUCUUUUGUGAACAAAAGAACACCGCCGCCAAGUAUUUGACGGCACUCUCAUGCAGUGACGUAGGAGUAUGUAUGGCAGGGAUCUUCGUCAUUUGCUCCGACUCGCUCAGAGCUCACUCAUUCGUCAUUGACCAAGUCUUUGUGUUCCUGCUCCCUAAAAUCAUCCCGUUAGGCCUUUUCUUUCAAAUGCUCAGUGUCUACAUCACAGUACUGGCGGCAUUUGACUGCUUCUAUUCUGUUUACUGUGGUACAAAAUGUGAACCUAAACGAAGCACAUGGGCUCCUAGAGUGUUAGCACUUGUUGUUAUUUCAGUAGCCGCAUAUAAUAUUGUGCAGUUUGGAGAUCUGCAGGCUAUUGAAUGCCUCCACCCAGAUAAUUACACAUUGUUCGAACUAUGCCCAACUGAAAUGCGAAUCAGUGAGACUUAUGUGAUUGUGUAUAAAGGAUAUCUUUAUGCUCUUUCAAUGGCAUUCCUUCCAUUUGUGCUAUUAACUUUUUUGACCGUCUCCAUUAUUGUGAUGCUUCGUCGAAAAAACGAUACAAUGGACAAAGCAGAAAAACAAGAUUGCGAAGAUGAUGGUGGCAAUAAUCCAGUUGUCCUUCUUCUGGUUGUCCUAUUGUUUCUCUGCUGCAAUCUGACAUCACUUCUAGUAAACGUCUUCGAAAUGCUCAAGUUUAAAAUGGCAUUUGAAGCAGAAGCAGUGCUCAUCGAUAUCGGAAACUUUUUGGUCGUUAUCAAUGCAACUGCCAACUUUUUUGUCUACAUGGGCUCGUCAGAAGAGUUUCGGGGAGCAUUUUAUGAUCGAGUUCGGAAGUUAUGGAGACCAAAAUCUACACGUCUUCCCUUGCUUCAUGACCACAGAAUUCGUUUGUUCAAUAGGAACCCGGUGGCGAGUAGUAUUUGA